GAGAGAGAGCGUUUCGUUAAUUUUAGAGCAGAAAGGGGGCCCUUGCAGCCCCUCAGAGUGAGAGAGAGAGAGAGAGAGAGGUUAAAAAAGAUGAAUUUAUUUGCAUUAGCCCUCCAUAUAUCAUGUACUUUGGUUCUGGAGCUGGUCGUGAGGCCAAGGUUGAAGCCCUAUUAAUUGUUGUUUCCACUUGUGUGCGAGGGAGAGAUUGCCCCACCCUUCUGCCCUGUGGGUUGAUCUGGUUUUUCUGCAUUAAAGGGGUUGUGUCAGGAACACCACAAGAUCAUUGAAGGAUUCCAUUUCCAAGGAUUGGGAUUCAGAUAUAUGGCACCAUAGAAACUUGAACCUUGGUGCAUCUUUGGUCCAUUUGGUGAGGGCUAAGGGUUUCUGGGUAUUUGACAUUUGGCAGGUUCAUGAGUUGACUUACAAGGGGAUUAUGAAAGAUUUGCUAAGGACUUUGAAGGAAAUUUAGACAGCUUAUCCCUGCAUUUGAGGUGAUGCAGCAAGAAUGUCAGGAGCAUAGUGGUUCUUAGCAUAAGAAAGGAAUCGAGCAAAUUAACAAUGAGUUUUGCAAACACUGAAUUACUUAAGCUGGGCAGUCGCUACAUGAAGUGUAUGGUUUUUAGAUGCUUCAUCCUGGUAAUAUUAGUUCUUGUGUUCACAACUGUCAUUUAUCCAUUCACUGGAUCCAAUUGGCUUCCAUGGAGGACCUCUAAUUGGAUUGCCAUGUCUGCAGCUUCUAACUUGCAGCAUGCUGUUAGGAGAGACAAGUUCCUUGAGGUUCCUCAGAUUAUUUGGGGAUUGAACAAUCAGAAAAUAGCUUUGGCCAGGGCAUGUUUGACUGCGAGAUUUCUGAACAGAACUCUUCUGAUGCCUAGCUUGAGCGCAUCCCUAUUCUACAAAGAAGUCGAGUUGCUGAAACCUAUGGCAUUCGAUAAGAUAUAUCAAUUUGACAAGUUCAAUUGUCUCUGUGAUGGAUUUGUCCGGUUGGGACGGUAUUCUGAUCUUUUGAAUCAUAGCAUGCCAUUUGAGAUCCAGAAGGGAAGUGGUAGGAAGUGGACGAAAGAAAGAGAUCUUGAUCAGUUAAAACAAUGCAGAGAGGAGUCAGUCGACAAUUCUGAAGUUAUUCGCAUUGGGGGAAAGAAUCCCUUCCUUUGGCAUGACCAUUGGCCAGUUAAGGAUUAUGCAAAGAUCUUCCAGUGUCUUGUGGUAGUCGACGAGAUAGAAAAUGAGGUGGCUAAGGUCAUCUCAAAGAUCAGAGAGGUAGGUAGCAAGGUCAGAUAUAAAAUCGCUGCUUCUCAGAAUGAAGAAAGUGCAGAUAGCUCACUUGGCCAGCAUGUGCCUUAUGUAGCUGUUCACAUGAGGAUAGAGAAAGACUGGAUGAUCCACUGUAAGAAAUUGGAGCAGAAACUGAGAAUCGAACAAAUCUGCAGCAGCAAAGAGGAGAUAAUGGAAAGAGUAUCCCAAAUCACCAGCAUACAGCAGCCUGUUGUGGUUUAUCUUGCAGUUGCUGACACCCUUUUAGAGGAUGAUUCAAUAUUAAGUGGAUGGAACGAUGGCCUUCUUCCUUUAGAGAAAAAGAGGCUGGGAGUCUGGGGCAUAUAUAAGAAGUACCCUUACCUUAUACAGUCUGCAAUCGACUACGAAGUAUGCUCACGAGCAGAUGUUUUUGUCGGUAAUAGUUUCUCCACAUUUUCCAGCCUUGUAGUACUAUCUAGGACACAGAAGUUGAUAAGGAUGGGGUUCACAAGCUCAUGCUCAGCAGAGGUUGGGUAUUCAUCUUAUGCUUACAAUCUAUUAGGAGAAUCUGGUGGAGCAAAAAGAUGGAUGACAGAUAUGUCUGCCCCUGACCUUGUGGGCAUAAGCUACGGGACCAAUAAUAUCUCAUGCUAUAGCAACUGGAACACAAGCCUUUGAUGUAAAACUAGUGCAGAGGAAACAGUUGUGUGUAUAUUUGACAAAGAAAUUCUUUUGUUCUAUAGGAUACCAGUUUUGGUGCAUUUUUACUUGGUAUCAGCUGUUUAGUUUUGCAUUUCCAGUGGCCAAUCAUCAAUUCGGAUGGUGCUGAUUUCACUACAGUUGUUAUUUGGUGCUGAUCUCACUACAGUUGUUAUUUGGUGCUGAUAAAAUGGUUUGGAACCUAUUUUGUUCAUGUUUUCUAUCAUCUUUCUGUUAUUUGGUAAUACAACAUCUGUUAUCAAGUUAAUGUACAUUAUAUGGUCGUAAGCCUGUCAUAGCUGCCUGUCUCUGGUUAGACAUCAGUCAUAAUUUGGAAAUAGGUGUCUGAGACAGUUGUGGAGCCACACAAUGGUACCCUCUCUGUGCAUCAACUUGUUGAGAAUGCUGAUGAGUGUUUGGUCCUUGACAAUGAAA